GACAAAGAGAUAUUUAGCUUUUCUCAACAGAAAAAUUCCAGAAGAAUCUUUCCACUUCUUUCAUCUUUUUGUUCCAACUAUGGAGAAAAUGGGUUGGACUUCAGCAUUCUCUUUUCUCCAAACUUUCAAACGACUGCUCUUCGACAUCAUCUUCUCAACUGGAUGUGCAAUUUUAGGAAAUAUCUCAUACAGAUUUUAUGGAUUCAAAAUUUAGUCAGGUCUUUGAAAGUGGAAAUUGCUCGUGCAUUGUGGGGAAAAAGGGACAACGCUUCAACUAUAAGAGAAUUAUGGAGCUUCUUGAUAGUGCUCAGUCCAAACUCAAAUUCUACUCAGGCGCAUCAUCAGUUGAGCAUAAAGAGAAAAUUUACUGAUGUAUUCGUGCCUUACUUCAGGAGAACUGAAAAUCUAAAACUACAGAAUGGCUGCAACAAUGUCACUUUCUGCGUUCACAGGGAAAGAACUAAAAGAGGACAAAGCUUGGUUUGCUUUUUAGUAAAAGCUGGUAGACUUACAAACUAAGGCCCGUGAAAGAGGUUGAUGUGAAGAACCAUUGAAGUGAUUUAUAUAACGACAUCAAGUUAGCCACAAAAGGUGAGUUAUAGAAGGAUAAUUCUAUCUUAUCUGCACAUGGAUGUCUGAAAAUAGAUGACUGGUGUAUUGUAGUUCUAUAUUAUUUUUAUUACUGGUCAGUGAUGCCUUUUCAAUUUUUGGCACUAAUUAAUUACUGCAAAUCGAUAUGCCCAUGCAAAAAUCUGUUGUAUCAAGCUUGUUCUUGGUUACUGGUUGAUAUAUGUGCAUGUGCAAGUUUUCCUUCUUUAUUUGUAGAUACGAGUUUCGAAAUAUAUGCCUAGAUGCAUGUUUUUGGUUCUACAAAAAUCAAAAUGGUAUUUGAGUAUGAAAAUGGGUCCUUUACGGUCUUAUUGAGGGUGAAAUUAGUGUUUAGCAAUACAAUCUAUUUUGGGGGAUAAAUAACCAUCAGAGUAGGUUAGUGUCGGAAGAAAUUGAAAUACAUUCGUUUGGAAAUGAUGAAAAAAAUAUUCUUUCUUUUCAAUAGCACCCAACAGCUUUAAUAUUAAUCAUUGGGAACAAAGAAGUCCCAAUUGUUGAAGUGAUGCAAAAAAAAGAUACUUCCUAAGAUGAACACCCCCUAGGUUUCUGAAAUCUAUGAAGUGGUCAGUGGUGUACCAACAAAAAGCUUGCAAUGAUGUUGGCCAUACGGUAAGAAGAGCUUUGUAGGUGUCGAAACUAUGGGAUGGUAUUGGCCAUAAUAGGAGUAUUCCUAAUAUUGAUGUAGGUGAUUUCCUGUCCUUUAAGAAGUGUAGCAGAAGACUUCUCUGAGAAAUUGUUACAAGGGGUUUCUAUUUGGUGGUUUCUCUUGUGCAUAUGCAUUAAAUGAUAGAGGACAGUAGUUGUGGUUAAAGAAAUUUGCUUAUAUUGACUAACUGAGGUCAGGUAAAAUAAUUUUGUCCUCCUAAAUAAAGAGUUGUUACCCUUUUGAAAGAACUCAUAGUGAGUGGGAAACUGGGAAGUAUCUUCAAUUGUUUCAGCUUAUGAUACAGAGAAUCUUUACAAUGUCCUUUUAAGACAUCAUCUGGUCUGUUGAUCUGUUG